AUGGCAGCCAGUCUUCCAGGACUGGAUCAGCUAUUCUUGCAGCUUUUCUUGCUUUGGUGGGAGCUGCAUGCUUUUGAAUUAGUUUUUAUUAUUAUCCUAAAUGCAUUCAGGUGGAAGUACACCAUUGGACCAUGGGAGAAGAGACCCGGUCACUUCAAUGAUGCAUGGGGUUAUUGGGUUGAUGAUGGAUUUGGUUAUUUAGAAUUUCUUCAGUUGGCAGAGGAUCUUGGUGCAGCCCCAAUAUGGGUAUUUAACACUGGUAUUAGCUUUCACGACUCAGUCAAUACCACGGGAAUUGGUCCUAUGAUUCAGGAAGCCCUUGAUGGUAUUGAAUUUACGAGAGGUCCUGCCACAUCAAGAUGGGGUAAAAUAAGAGCUUCUUUAGGUCACCCUGAACCCUUUGACUUACAGUAUGUUGCUAUUGGAAACGAGAAUUGUGGUAUGCCUAACUACCAUGGGAACUAUCUUAAGUUCUACGCUGCCAUAAAACGUGCAUAUCCAGACAUGCAAAUUAUAUCAAAUUGCGAUGCUACUGCAAAACCUUUGGACCACCCGGCAGAAUUAUAUGACUUCCACAUAUAUAAAGAUUCUACAACUAUGUUCAAAAACCAUACCAAGUUUGAUAAGAUACCUCGUUCCGGUCCUAAGGCUUUUGUUAGUGAAUAUGCUGUUCAAGAGGGUGAUGCCACAAAAAAUAACGGAACCUCUUAG